AUGGCUCACUCUGUGCCAUCACGGUGCGCGGCCCAGCCAGGCACGUCCUGUUCGGAAACCGGGCCACGGGAGCCGAAGCCGCUGUCCCUGGUCCUGCCCGGUGUCGCCGGGUCACCGGGUGGAGGAGGUGCCCCAGUGCUGAUUGGGAACCCUGGCCCUGUGCGCCCCCAGCCUCCCACCGCGGCUGGCGUGUCCACUCCCGGGGUCCGCCACGGACGGCUUCCACGGACCGUUCUGGCCUUUGGUUUCAUCACAUCUACGAUAAUUGGGGCGGGCCUGCGCCAGGGAAGACAGUUCCUGUGUUUAAAGAACAUCCGCACCUUCCUGAAAGUCUGCCACGAUAAAUUUGGACUACGAAACAGCGAGCUGUUUGACCCCUUUGACCUCUUCGAUGUCCGAGACUUUGGGAAGGUCAUCUCUGCCGUGUCCAGACUCUCCCUGCACCACGUGGCCCAGAACAAAGGGAUCAGGGACUUCCCAGCAGCUGUAACGUGGGAAAAUGAACGCCGUGUCCUACGUUCUCUGAGCAGUGCUGACGAGCAUGACCUGGGGGAAGACAUCUAUGACUGUGUCCCGUGCGAAGAUGAGGGCGACGACAUCUACGAGGACAUCAUCAAGGUGGAGGUACAGCAGCCCAUGAUCAGAUACAUGCAGAAGAUGGGCAUGUCCGAGGAUGACAAGAGAAACUGCUGCCUGCUGGAGAUUCAGGAGACCGAGGCCAAGUACUACCGGACCCUGGAGGACAUUGAGAAGAACUACAUGGCCCCUCUGAGGCCGGUGCUGAGCCCGGCGGACAUGACGGCCAUCUUCAUCAACCUGGAGGACCUAAUCAAAGUGCAUCACAGCUUCCUGCGGGCCAUUGACGUGUCCAUGAUGGCAGGGGGCAGCACUCUGGCCAAGGUCUUCCUGGACUUCAAGGAGAGGCCCCCCGGGGACCUGGCACCUGAGAGACUCUGCCCCUCGAGCUGCACGGGUGGCGGGCGGCAGCUGAACGACAGGACCCGAACCGGCCCCCGCAGGUCCGAGGAAGGGGCUUCCGGGCUCUGGGUGCCCAGGGGGUCUGAGGGGGAGGCCCCAGGGCAGCUGGUGGGCACCCUGGGUCCACCUCGUCCUUAUCUGCAGGGAGGUCCCCUGCAGCACCUGCCAGGGCUCUCGGGCCUUGUUUCUGCCGGGAUGACCGUUGUUUCUACGGCCAGAGCGGCCGCAGGGACUGGAUCGUGUUCCGGCACCGGGAGCUCGGCAGAUGGGCUCUCUGUCACCGCCCAGCAAGGCUUUGGAGGCCAGGCCCCGGAGUCUGGGGGCUCCCCUGCCCCCCCCCGGAAUCGGCUGCAGCUGCUGCACUGCCUGUGGUCAGGCCCCUCGCAGCCAGGCGAAUGCACUCUGAAGGUCCAGGAUGGGAAGUUUAAGCUUCAGGACCUGCUCGUGGUCCCCAUGCAGAGGGUGCUCAAGUAUCACCUGCUCCUGAAGGAACUCCUGAGCCACUCCGCAGAUCGGCCCGAGAGGCAGCAGCUCAAAGAGGCACUGGAAGCCAUGCAGGACUUGGCGAUGUACAUAAACGAAGUUAAGCGGGACAAGGAGACCCUGAAGAAAAUCAGUGAAUUUCAGAGUUGUAUAGAAAACUUGCAGGUGAAACUGGAGGAGUUCGGGAGGCCGAAGAUUGACGGGGAACUGAAGGUCCGGUCCAUAGUCAACCACACGAAGCAAGAUAGGUACUUGUUCCUGUUUGACAAGGUGGUCAUCGUCUGCAAGAGGAGGGGCUACAGCUAUGAGCUGAAGGAGGUCAUCGAGCUGCUCUUCCACAAGAUGACCGACGACCCCAUGAACAACAAGGACGUCAAGAAGUCUCAUGGGAAAAUGUGGUCCUACGGCUUCUAUCUAAUCCACCUCCAAGGAAAGCAGGGCUUCCAGUUUUUCUGCAAGACAGAGGACAUGAAGCGGAAAUGGAUGGAACAGUUUGAGAUGGCCAUGUCAAACAUCAAGCCAGACAAAGCCAAUGCCAACCACCACAGCUUCCAGAUGUACACUUUUGACAAGACCACCAACUGCAAAGCCUGCAGGAUGUUCCUCAGGGGUACCUUCUACCAGGGCUACCUGUGCACCAAGUGUGGUGUCGGGGCGCACAAGGAAUGUCUGGAAGUGACCCCUCCCUGCAAGAUCAGUUCUCCUGCAGACCUGGACGCCUCUGGAGCAGGACCGGGUCCCAAGAUGGUGGCCGUGCAGAAUUACCAUGGCAACCCUGCCCCCCCUGGGAAGCCAGUGCUGACCUUCCAGACGGGUGAUGUGAUCGAGCUGCUGAGGGGCGACCCCGAGUCUCAAUGGUGGGAGGGUCGGCUGGUGCAGACCAGAAAGUCAGGCUACUUUCCUAGCUCUUCCGUGAAGCCCUGCCCCGUGGAUGGAAGGGGGCUCAGCCUCGUCCCCGGACGGCUCCUUAUGCAGGUCAGCGCGGUUGCCGAGGCCUGGGCGUCCUCGGCUGUCCCGGUGUUAACCAUCCACUUCCUCCCACCCGCCAGGUUCGCAGGCAACAUGGAGAGACAGCAGACAGACAACCUGCUGAAAUCGCACGCCAGCGGGACCUACCUGAUCAGGGAGCGGCCGGCCGAGGCGGAGCGCUUUGCCAUAAGCAUCAAGUUCAACGAUGAAGUGAAGCACAUCAAGGUGGUCGAGAAAGACAGUUGGAUCCACAUUACAGAAGCGAAGAAGUUUGAAAGCCUCUUGGAGCUGGUGGAGUACUAUCAGUGCCACUCGCUCAAGGAGAGCUUCAAGCAGCUGGACACCACGCUCAAGUACCCCUACAAGUCACGGGAGCGCGCGGCCUCCAGGGCCUCCAGCCGGUCCCCAGCUUCCUGCGCCUCCUACAACUUUUCUUUUCUCAGUCCUCAGGGCCUCAGCUUUGCCUCCCAGGGCCCAUCUCCCCCAACAGUGUUCACACCCCGCGUCAUCGGCACGGCCGUGGCCAGGUACAACUUUGCUGCCCGGGAUAUGCGUGAGCUCUCACUGCGGGAAGGCGACCUGGUGAAGAUAUAUAGCCGCAUUGGCGGGGACCAGGGCUGGUGGAAGGGCGAGGCCAAUGGACGGAUCGGCUGGUUUCCUUCAACAUAUGUAGAAGAGGAGGGCAUCCAGUGA